ACUGGUUGCUAGAGACGAAGAAGAAGAAGAAAUUGCGGAAGUACGGCUUCCAAACAGAUUCCCGUUGGAAGAGUAAAAUAUAAUAGACCGCCUUCAUUUCCUCCUAAUUUAUUUUCAAUCUCGGACUAACUCAUUCUCAUCAGGACGAUGGGCACCAGGGACGACGAAUAUGAUUAUUUGUUCAAAGUGGUCCUUAUCGGAGACUCGGGGGUGGGGAAGAGUAACCUGUUGUCUCGUUUCACCCGGAACGAGUUCAACCUUGAGAGUAAGAGCACCAUCGGAGUGGAGUUCGCCACGCGCAGCAUCCAGGUGGACGGGAAGACGGUGAAGGCUCAGAUCUGGGAUACGGCUGGUCAGGAGCGCUACCGUGCCAUCACAUCAGCAUAUUACCGCGGGGCGGUUGGGGCUCUCCUCGUCUACGACAUCGCUAAACAUCUAACCUACGAGAACGUGGAGCGCUGGCUGAAGGAGCUGAGAGAUCACGCCGACAGCAACAUCGUCAUCAUGCUGGUGGGAAACAAGAGCGACCUGCGUCACCUCCGAGCUGUUCCCACUGACGAGGCUCGGGCUUUUGCUGAGAAAAACGGUUUAUCUUUCCUGGAGACAUCGGCUCUGGACUCCACCAACGUCGAGACGGCCUUCCAGACCAUUCUGACAGAGAUCUACCGUAUCGUCUCCCAGAAGCAGAUGUCGGAGCGUCAAGAGAGCGACAUGUCGCCUAGCAACAACGUGGUCAACAUCCAGGUGCAGCCCACUGAGAACAAACCAAAGAUGCAGUGCUGUCAGAACAUCUAGCCCAGCCGCGGAUCUGCUGCUCCCUCCUCCCCCCUUUACUCCCCACCCCCCCCCACCCCUACCCACGUCCUCGCUCCCCUCCCUCCCCUGACCCCGCUCACAGCUCCUGAAGUCCCGCCCCCCAGAGAAGAGACUGCCUCGUGUACUGUGUGGUGUGGAGGAGGAGCCACAGCUUCCAGGCUGUGACCCGAACUCUGCACUUAACUGUACUGCCCCCACCCCUACCCCAACCCCUGCUUCCCCCCCCCGCCCCGCCCAGGUAAAUAUAUCCCAGUUUAAGAAGUCACUGCGUGGGGUGGCCCCCCCAGCAGAGCCCCUCUGUCGUCAGGCUUCUGCAGGACAGCAGGCAGCAGGCAUUUCAUAUCACUUUAGAUUUCAUUACUGUAGAUGCGCUGACAUGUCACAAAAAUGUCUUAAUAUAUGAAUGUGAUUAGUUUUCUUCUCUUUCUUCAUCUUUGUGCUCCUGUUGAUUUCUCCACCUUUUCUACGAUCUCUCUCUGUCUCCUGUCAUAUAUCUACGACUAGGUAUAUAUGAAUUAAAGCACAUCAAAGUUGCUCUGAAGUCCUAUAUCCAAGCUGUCAUAUUAGCCCCGCCCCCCUCCUCUUUAGUGCAAUGUACUGUUUUGGAAACCACGUGGAUGUACGGAGCACCUGGCGCUCCGGUAGUGUCACGCCGUGUUGAUCUGAUUGCUGUGAAUACGACGCUAAUGAAACGUAGAAAACUUGUUGCACCUGCAGAGCUUCAGUCUGCGCGGCAGGAAGGCGCGAGCGAGCAGACUCGAGUUUGCAUGCGGCGGCGCAGCCUCGUAAAGCGUCGUCUCUGUGUCUCUAGCAGGGGGCGACGUUUGGGCCUGACAGCUUUGCAUGUCUGUAUAGAAGGCUCUCUGCUGUGCUGCAUGUUGAACAGGUGGGAAAGUCCACCUGGACUCUUGUGUUGAACACUAUCUUUGCCUUCGGGUUGUGUCAUUUUAAACUGAACUCCUGGUUAGUUGGAUGUUCUUAGCGUCCUAGUUUGAGCCUCAGUGUCGUUCAGAGCGAGUCAUUUGUCCACUAAGAAGGAUUGUGUGACUGCAGACACAUCGCUUGCUGCUCCAAGAACAGUUUGAUUUCCUUUUUGACACAUUUGACAACAACUAUGCAGAAACUAGCACAUGGCUGAUUGCUUUUGUUUUCUUAAUGCGCCUUGGAAGGAUUUAAAAAAACCCUCUAGUAUGAGGUCUCUUCUUAUGAUACUCAAUAAUGUUAUAAUCUCAAACCUCUAUGUCGAAUAGCAAAUGGAGCUUUGCAUGCAACCACAGAGCCGUAGUUAGGACGCACAGAGAAAGUAGGAAACGUCUUUCACCCACUCGGCUUGAUUUCAUGAACGUGAGAAAGUCUAAUUCUUGCACUGAAACCUGAAUAGUUGAUCUAGUAAAAAUGCUCUCUUGUCUAGGAUUAGAUUUACUGCACAUCAAGAAUCUGGACCUCAUUUUGUCAGACUGGAUGCACCUUUUUUUAAGACGGUGCCACUUUUAGCGAACCAAACUGUUCAGCUGUGCAGGACGCGGGUUCGAGUCCUGUGAGUCUUUCUUUAGCGCGAUGAGCUGUGAAAUCGACAGGAAAUAAAGGAGAGACUUCCGGGAUUCAAACCCAUUUCCUGCUAACUCCUCCUGGUCACAGUGCCUCCUUCAUCAUGCGAACACGCCUCCCAUUCACCAUCACCCCGCCUCCCUCUCUAACCCGUAACCGUGUCUGUCCUUCAAAGAGGCAGGCGGCCGUGUCGCCCCUGUCACAUUACGCCUACGUACACCGAGCUGCCUCUUGAACACAAUGCAUGGCUUUCUGUACGACUGCACCUCCACGUCGUAUCGCCUUAUGUAGCUUACAUUGUCAUUACUGUCCAUGAAAUCUGCUGAGGGUUACGCUUGGCUAGCUCGCAUGAUGCUUAAUAUGCUAACGUUGUGUCAGGCUGACAGAUGCCUCGCUAACAACCUCUUGCUAAAGCUCCCGGGUGUGUGUUCAGUAGAAUCUCCAGGUCAUAGCUGUGUCAGUGUGUGAUGGUGUUAGCAGACAUAUACAAUGCCUGACCCUGGUGUGUGUGUGUGUGUAGAGGCAGAGGGUAGAUCGGUAGCUCUGGAGUGUGCGGGCCAGGCUGGCAGUGCCAAUGGCGUUUUUGUUUGGAACAGACGGCGCCGCCAGCCGAGCCUCUUAGACUCACUAGCUGGCAAUCUGUGGACAAAGUGAUUCCUUUUUCUUCUGAGAAUAUGAUUUCUGAUCCUGUUUGGUGUACCUCCAUUGUUCUGUGUUUUUUUAAGACGUGUUUUGAUUUCUUUCUUCUUUUUUUUUUUUUUUUUUUUUACUAUAUUGAAUUCUAUAACUGACUGUAAUUCCAGUGUAAACGUGUAAGAGUGAAAUUAUGUCAUUUCAAUGAAUUUGAAGGGUUAAAUGUGAGAGGGGGGUCAAAACGAAUGGUUUUAUGUUUUGUACAGAUUGAUAAAUUGUACAAUGUUGUCUAUAUCUUAAGUUAUCAGUUCAUCUUAAUAAAGCGCACCAGUCAUAAACCUUUA